GCAUUGACAAGCAGCUGAGCUUUCAUUUAGGUACAGUGAAGGAAGAGUCUAUGAGGAACUAACUUCUAAAACAACACUUCACUGGAUGUACCAUGGAGUCAUAUCACUUCAGUCUUCUUGUCCUGCUGUGCUUUGGAGUCCACAUGUCAUCUUCAGAAAUUUUGCAUCGACAAAAAAGAAACUGGAUCAUAGACUCCUUUGUAAUCGAUGAGGGCUAUCAAGGACCUUUCCCAUAUUCACUAGGAAAAAUUGAGACUGAGAAAACCAUUAACUUAUUCAAGAUACAUGGUCAAGGUGUUGAUGAAGAACCUCGGGGUAUAUUAGAAAUAGAUGAACAAACAGCAGAGAUUACUGUCCUCGGCCCUGUGGACCAUGAGAAAUACAAAGUGUUAAAGCUGAUGUUUCAGGCAAUUGAUAGGAACAAAAAUGUCAUCGACACACAGCUGGGCAUUGAGAUAAAGAUUAAGGACUCAAAUGACAACGCUCCAAAGUUUGAGCGUGGAUCGUACUCGAUCAGCAUUAAGGAACACACGCUACAAGACAGCGAUGUGAUUACUGUUAAAGCAACAGAUGACGACAGCACUAAGGAAUAUAAAAGCAUUAAAUAUCGAAUAGUCUCUGUCGCUCCUGAAUCUCAAGACCUGCAAUUCUACUUAACCCAGGGGUUGGACUCUCAAACUGGAAGCAUUUCAUUCAAAGGAUGUCUGGAUCAUGAGAGAGCAGAGAAAUACCGCAUUAUUGUGGAGGCCAGUGACCAAGGACAACCAAAACCGCUCUCCAGCUCCUGCACCAUCACAAUCAACAUCGAAGAUGGAAACAACCACAUGCCUGUGAUCACAAAGCAGACGGGUCCAGGAAAGGUGAAAGAAGGACAGGAAAAUGUCCUUGUUUCACGUUUGCAAGUUACAGACGCUGACACCAAAGGCACAGCAGCGUGGAGAGCAAAAUACCACAUCAAAGGAGACACAGAAAACAACUUCAAGAUCACUACUGAUCCAGAGACAAACGAGGGGCUGCUGUAUGUGGACAAGCAUCUGAGCUUUGAAGACGGUCCUAUAAGGAACAUCACAAUCACUGUGGAGAAUGAGAUCCCCUAUUUUACAUGCAAAGUGGUGGAUCGCAGCGUUUGGAAAGUAGAAACUAUCGGUGGUGAACUUUAUAGCGGCGCCUCCAUUAGCGGCGGCACACCUGGUGUUGUAAGUGGAUCACAACAGACAUCCAGCCAUGUCGUGACAGUGACUGUGGAGGACGUCAACGAGGCUCCGGUCUUCGACAAACCUAACAAAGACGCUGUUUUGGUCGAGAAUGCUGAGGCGGGACAAUAUCUGGAGACAUUUACAGCCAGAGACCCUGAUGUCGCCAGUGCAAACACAUUUAAAUACGUCAAAGGAGAGGAUCCUGCUGAUUGGAUUUCAGUGGAUCCAAAUACGGGAAAAGUCACCACAACAAAGAUCAUAGACCGAGAGUCAGACUUUGUUAAAGACGGCGCCUAUGCAGUCACAAUAUAUGCUGUUGACGAUGGGAACCCUUCAAUGACGAGCACCGCAACUCUCACCGUGCGGAUUGCCGACCAGAACGACAAUACUCCAUCCCUGGUUGUAAGCACAUUGGACAUCUGCCAAUCUGACAAACCCUCUCUGGCAAACAUCACAGCUUCCGAUCGAGAUGGGGACCCAUUUGGUGGUCCUUUCAGGUUCAUGCUUCACGGAGAUGUUAAGGGCAAGUGGAAGGUGGAGCCUGCGCAAGGGUAUUCAGUCAACCUGGUGAAGGACAACACAGUUCACUCUGGACUCUACGAGCUGCUUCUCGAAGUGUCUGACCUUCAGGGGGAGACGGCUUUCCACAAGCUGACAGUGACUGUGUGUAACUGCGUCGACGUAACGAGGCCAAACUGUAGAUUGCGACAACUUCCUGGCACCACAGCAGGAGGAUCUGCACUGGGGAUUGUUUUUUUCAGCCUUCUACUCUUUGCAGGUUUGCUACUUUUGACUUUUCUGAUGACCUGUAAGAGAGAGAAAGUACCAAUGCCACCUGACAGUUCUGGACAAUAUCUGAUGGUCCAUAACACUGAGGAACAAGGAACCGAUUGUGCAGUGAAUUUCGAGCCAUCAAAAGGUGGUCACAACGGGACACGGAUCCAAACAACAUGUCAAAGUUCAGUAAUGAACUCACCUAUCACUGUGCCACCAGCAGUGUCACUGGGUCAAUCAGGGAAGUAUGCAAUGUCCCAAAACAACACCAUGCAGCAAGAACAAAGGCAAAAUUUGCAAUGGUUGGUGACUGACUCUGUAAGUGAAGGAUUGCAAAGUCAAUCAGGAUACUUACAAUCCCAAGGAAAAAGCUCAAUGGAAACAGCUUUCCCUCGAAGAAACUAUAAAUACAGGACAAUCCAUACGUCAUCAUCAGCCAGGGAAAUGAUGCAGCAGAGAAAUUCUAUGCAUAAGUUGGUGACUGGCUCAGAAAAUGAAGGAUUACAAGCCAACUCAGGAUACUUAAAAGGAAAUAGCUCAAUGGGAACAUCUUUUUCUCGAGGAAACUACAAAUACGCGUCAAUGGGAUCAUCAGCCAUGAGCAUGAGACAGUGGAGAAAAUCUCUGCAUGAGAGUUUGGACGGAUACAACCUACAAAACAUAGGAACGCAAAUAAAUAAGAAGCUGUACAUUCUUGAAGCACCAGGUGAGGAACUAGGCGACUAUGAACCCCACCAAUAUGUUGAGGAGGGAGAUGAAGAACACAGUUUUGAGCUUGAUGCCAUUUCCAUCCCUGAUGCGCCCUUCGACCCGGACUUGGGCCUGGAUUUCAGGUUCAGUGACCUGGCCUCGGUCUGCAUGCCUGGCGACAGCACCGUCUACAGUACCAACUGUGAGACAGCAACUGUGACCCAGGAGUGGAAAACCAUAAAAAUGAACACUCCCUCUCAUUUGUAGACAGUGCAAUGUUGUAUGCUUCUUAAGGUCACCAAAUCCUAAGUAUAAAUAUUACCUCCAGGACCUUCUGAAUGACUCACAGCAGUUCAUAUCACCGUUGUAGCACAAAAACACAGUCCUUGUCAGAGAAAAUGGCAAAAACUGAAACCAGGACAACACUGCAUGUCAUCGCUGUUCAAAGUCAUUCAUGGUUUCUGCUACUGACAGGCCAUGUUACGCACACUUUGAGAUCCUGUGUCUUAUUGGUGGUAAAUUUGAUUACAAAAGUUUUCUAUUUUUGAUAUAACCCAGUGCAGUUUAAUUUAUUCAAGCAUUACACAUAUUGUUUGUUGAUCAAAUGCUCAGAAAUAACAGGAAAAUGCGUAGAUUUCUGUAAAAAAAAAAAAAAAAAAAGUAACACAGACUCACUGUUCUUACUGCUCCAUUAUGCUCACUCUUGUAUGUAGUCAGCAUCCAAAGGCCUAUUCUUAGCCAGGAAUAACCAGAAACCUGAGGGAUUGGCCAGCAGCAGGACUCCCUUUGUUGACUUAGAUUAUCCAGGAUAUCCAGAGGGCAUAUUUACACUUUCUUCUCUUAUUUCAACAGUGUUGAUGAUGAAGAGGAAAUGAUCCGCACAGAUAUUUUUCUUAAAUGACAUUAACUGUGUCAUAAUGCAAAAAUAGUGAGCUAUCAUCACUUAUUUUUUUAUGACAUUUACUUAAUAUAUCUUCAGGCAAGUGUUUUUUGCUUUACCUUUGCAUGAGUCACAUAAUCCGUCCAUAAUCCUGACUAAUUCGUAUGCUCCUUUAAUUAUUUGUGGACUCUUUAUGGAUGGCUUAAUGUGAUUACUACAUAAAAAGCAUGUUGAAUAACAUGAAAAAAUGCACUCUCGUUAACGAGACCGGGCCUCUUCAUACACAUUUAUUCUUAAUAUAAUUAUUAGUAUGAAAAAAUACGACAAUCCACACAGAACCAUAGUUGUGUGGCCGGAGGUAUGAGAACCUGAUUUGGUGAGACAGAAUCUCAAAUCACUGCAUUUACAGUAUUUCACUUGAAGCAGCAAAGUGUUAUUUUUUUAUUUUUGUAUAUUGUUCAUCAAAAAUGUUUCAUUCACUACAGGUUACAUUAACUACUGAUAUGAUUACGCACAGUGGCAACCAGGAAAUGUGUUUUGCUUUUUUAUUUUGAUGUCUUAAGAUUAAUUUAGGUUAUGUUUCCUUUUUUUUUUCAUGCUCUGUUUUUGCCUUUGCAAACAAGUCAUUUUUACAUGUUCUCUUAAAAUUAGGAACCUUGCUUGCUUUGGGUUUCUUCGAAUAACAUUUAACAGGUUAAUUCAGAGAAGACAUUUCUGAUGGUUCCUGACACUUUACAGCUGCAUUUAGUUUUAUUUAUUUUAAUCUUUUGCUAUCUGGGGGUAAAGAAAUAUUUCACAAUAUUAAUCCCACAAGGUUUCUUGAAGCUCUUCUACUGCUAAAGUGUGAGUCAAUUAGAAGCAGCAAGUUUUUUCGCAAAGCUUUUCAAAAUGUUUACAAAAACAAGCAAGCAGAACUGCUUUUUCUAUGUGAAUGUUAAAAAUGUAAGAAAAGAUUUAUUGUGUGCACAUUUAUUUUGAAGAUUCUCCUAGCUGGUAUUAGUUGUGGUUAUUUUUGAAGUGGUCUUUCGUUUGUUUUUCUGUGACUAUAAAUGUGGUUGUUUUGGACUUUAAAUGAAAGUACACAGAGGCUGAAGUGUAUAAUCACGACACAAAAUUUUUUUUAGCAAUUAUUGACGCUAACACAUUGUAGCAUUAUAAAAAUAUGCAGGUGUGUCUUGUGCAAAUAAAAGAGCUCAAAAGAAAACACGAUGAUUGCUGAUGCACAAUAAUUUCACGGCAUUUCCAGUCAACCUUUACAAGCUUGU